UUUACCGUUAGUGUCAUAUUACUCUCCCCACUGUCCUUGAAUUAUUGUUCUCCAAUGUUUUCCCAUCAGUCCAUUCGGGUUGCGUUGGAAAGAACAUGGCGGCCUCGCAGGGACGGUUGGUGGGGUCUAGAGGGCUUCAUUCAACAAGAUGCCUCCUGAGAACCACCAACAUUUCAACUGCAAAGUCUACAAUAUCGAAAGGAAUAGGAGCUAAAGAAUGUAGAAGGACAUUUUUCAUAUCGAUCUUUCGCCAAGCUGUUCCCACCACACAAAUCCUCAUGCCUGCACUGUCACCCACCAUGGAAGAAGGAACCAUUGUAAAAUGGAUGAAAAAGGAAGGUGAUGCUGUCUCCCCUGGGGAUGUACUCUGCGAGAUUGAAACUGACAAAGCCACAAUCUCUAUGGACAGUGAUGAGGAAGGAAUCUUGGCAAAGAUUAUUGUUCCAGAUGGGAGCAAAAAUGUCAAGAUAAAUCAGUUAAUUGCUCUUAUGGUAGAGGAAGGUGUGGAUUACACACAGGUUGAGGUGCCGCUUGAUACAGAAACCCACAGAGAAACAGAACUAGACUCUGCAUCAGUUGAAAGCAGCGUAGCACAUGGUGCUGGUGAUGUGUUGAUGUCUCCAGCUGUUAGAGUGCUUCUUGAGACUUAUAAGCUGAAUCCCAGCCUCAUUCAAUCGACUGGUCCAAAAGGAAGACUGCUCAAGGGUGAUGUGCUGAGGUAUGUAGCCCAGGGAGGGCAGCCUUUCACAAAACCAGUAGAGGUGGCUUCCCCUGAAGCAAAGGUGCCCACAGAAACUACUCCUUUGCAGCCAGCUAAACCAUCACCACAGGAAACAGUUUCAGCACCCAAGCCUGUAUCAUCAGCACCCCAUCCAGUUGUGAGCUCUGAACACACCGAUACGCCUCACACUAACAUGCGGCGGACUAUUGCCAAGAGAUUGGCAGAAUCUAAAGCUACAGUUCCCCAUACCUAUGCCUCCACAAACUGUGUUAUGGACAAUCUCCUUAAGUUGAGGAAAGGUCUUGAAGUGAAAGUGUCAGUGAAUGAUUUCAUUAUCAAAGCCGCUGCCUUGACCUUGAGACAGGUGCCAGAGAUGAAUGCUGUGUGGAGCGGCGAGGAGGCUCAGCUUCUUAAGGAUGUAGAUAUCUCUGUUGCUGUAGCAACCGAUUCAGGGCUCAUAACACCUAUUGUCAAAACUGCUGAUAACCUUCCACUUGCGGAGAUCUCGUCAACUCUAAGGGAUCUCGCCAGCCGUGCACGAGAAGGCAAGCUAAAACUACACGAGUUCCAAGGUGGUUCGUUCACAAUUUCCAAUCUGGGAAUGUUCGGCAUCACGGAGUUUUCUGCUGUUAUCAAUCCUCCACAGGCUUGUAUCAUGGCUGUGGGUGGAACACGCCCUGUACUCACUGCAGACGAGACAAUUCAUAGCGUGAUGACGGUCACCUUGUCUUGUGAUCGACGUAUGGUGGACGAUGAAUUGGCUGCAAGAUGGCUGGAUGCUUUUAAGGCGAACAUAGAAAAUCCCUCUAGACUUCUACUUUAAGAUUCAAUAGUACUGAAAAUUUUAAGGCAUAUAGAGUGGUAUGAUGUGAUGUUUUGGAUUAAGGGUUAUAUGAGACAAACUGUGGAAGUGAGAAAAGAAUCAAUUAAGUUCAAAAUAUUUUAAUCAGUAAGGCUGAAUGUUUUUUUUUAUAGACCAAAUAAGUUUCUCAUAUAGCCUACUGAUUCAACAGAUGUAUUGAGCGGUGCGAGGCAAUGUAAUCUAUCUAAUCUACAGUACAAUGAAAAAAAUGAAACGAAAAAAAAAUAACAGUGAACAUCACUAUAGGUAGAAAUUACAUAUUGAAAUGAUUGAUACAGAAUGAUCCACUGUGAUUAAAAAACACAACACUGAGUAAGUACGGUACAGUGAUUUUAUUACAAGAGCAAACAUAAGUCGACUAUGACGAAAACGUUCCCAAACUACAACAACUACAUCUGACUGAAAAACGUUGUCCAUAGAAAGUAUAAACCUUCAAGAAUACGAGCUCAUGCAAUUGAAAAACUGAAUUAGUAACCACAAUUAAUAUGCAAUGAUUUUCCUCGUGGGAUUUUAUCAAGUUAGUACUAAUCUACUUAAAAGCUAUAGUGCAAGUGGACGAUUUCUAAAUGCAUGCAAAUGAAGACAUAGUUCACGUGUUUCUCACAACACCACUGCGUUAUGUCGUCUAUGGUUUACACUUUUUUUUUCCCGCCAAUCUUUCUUCAGUCAGGUGAGAAAGGCCACCCUCACUACGUGAAGUAACUGAACAGAUGUCCCUUGGGUGGUAAAAAAUAAAUACUAUAUAAUAUAAAACGAAAAUGAACGGGUUGAAUUUUGCACAUAUUUUCUGAUCAAUAACAUUUAAACUUUCAAGUAUCGAAAGGUUAUAAAAAGACCUAGUAAAGACUUCACAAAACGAAA